AUGUACUUAUCUAUGUCAAAGAAGAACGAACCCUUAUGCUUUUACUUACUAUUGGAUAAUUAUGUAGUUAUUAAAUUACAUCACAAGACAUUUGUCUAUCGGACUGUCUAUUCUUCUUUGUCAGAGUGUCCCUCCCUAUCUAUCUAUCUAUCUAUCUAUCUAUCUAUCUAUCUAUCUAUCUUAUUGAAAUGUGUGUCUGUUUUUAAGGUAACUGGUAUUGUCCGAAUUAAGGUAACCAGUUCAUUAUCUAUCUAUCUAUCUAUCUUAUUGAAAUGUGUGUCUGUUAUUAGGGUGACUGGUAUUGUCCGAAUUAAGGCAACCAGUUCAUUAUCUAUCUAUCUAUCUAUCUAUCUAUCUAUCUAUCUUAUUGAAAUGUGUGUCUGUAACCAGUUCAUUAUCUAUCUAUCUAUCUAUCUAUCUAUCUUAUUGAAAUGCGUGUCUGUUUUUAGGGUGACUGGUAUUGUCCGAAUUAAGGCAACCAGUUCAUUAUCUAUCUAUCUAUCUAUCUUAUUGAAAUGCACAAGUUCAUUAUCUAUCUAUCUAUCUAUCUAUGGUUCUAUCCCAACACCCUCCAGACCAACUGUUUAUGUAACAAAUAACCCCAGCAUUAAAACAGCCAUUAAAUACCAAAGCCGCUUGACGCGCCUGAUUUACCCUCCGAUCGUGCCGACAACCCGUUAUCGUUACACGCUUACUUUUCAAUUAUUCCCCCCCCCUCUUUUUUUUCCUUUUUUUCCGCUUGUUUCGUCUCACGAAUUAAUAUUACCAUUAUCUAUCUAUCUAUCUAUCUAUCUAUCUCUUGGUAUAUAUGCAUUUUCUAUCUAUCUAUCUAUCUCUUGGUAUAUAUGCAUUUUCUAUCUAUCUAUCUAUCUCUUGGUAUAUAUGCAUUUUCUAUCUAUCUAUCUCUUGGUAUAUAUGCAUUUUCUAUCUAUCUAUCUAUCUCUUUAUUGGUAUAUAUGCAUUUUCUAUCUAUCUAUCUAUCUCUUGGUAUAUAUGCAUUUUCUAUCUAUCUAUCUAUCUCUUGCGACCUACAUUGUCAUCUAUCAGCCAAUUCAUAUCUAUCUAUCUAUCUAUCUAUCUAUCUAUCUAUCUAUCUCUUUUUUCUUUUUCCGCUUGUUUCGUCUCUCGAAGUUUCAGCCCAUUUUCAAUUCAGUUUUCUUUUCUUCUUUGAAAUUAUUUCUGUUUUAUUUUUCCUUUUAUUUGUUCUACAAUUCUACUCUUGUUUCCUUUACACUUUUCCUUUCUUCGUUUCCAAUUCGUUUGCUCUCAAUUUCAUUUUUCUUUCCCUCCCAUCAUCUUUAUUUUAAUAUUUCCUCUCUUGCUGACAAGAAACUUAAUAUUUCUAUCCUUUUCUUAUACUUUCUAAAAUUCUUUUUUUUUGUUGUUGUUGUUUUCUGUCUUUUUUUCUCGUUUUACUUUUCUUUCGUCUUUCCUUUCUUAUUUUUCCUGUUUGAUUCUCGCAGCUUUUUCAUUUUUUUUUUUUUCAUUUUUCCUUUACAUUUCUUCGGGUUUUCUUAUACUUCAUUGUUCUUUCUUUUAAUUUGA